AUUGGAGCAGAAGCUCAAAUCAGAUUUCUUAAGGCAAAGUUACGUGUUAUGCAGGAAGAGCUGGAUAGUGUAGUGUGUGAAUGCAGGAAAAAGGAUGAUGAAAAUCAGAAUUUAAAAUCUCGGCUUAGAGAUACUGAAGAAGAAAACACCAGACUGCAACGAACUAUCAGUAUGCAACACUCUCAGAAUGAAAAGUACAAAAUAUUAUCACAAGAAGCAAACAAAAAAAGUGAAGGGUUACAACAAGAGGUCAUUGCGCUACAAAAGGAAUUGGAGAAUCUAAAGCAUGUACAAAAGCAGGCCACAGCCAGUCAGAGUGCAACAGAGGUUCGCUUAAACAGGGCCCUGGAAGAAGCAGAAAAGUAUAAAGUGGAGCUGAACAAACUGAAGCAAAGUAACAAGGAUGCAGCCAGCCAAGAACUCAAAACAAUUGAAGAACUGAAAACAGAGAACAAGAAAUUGCAGAAACAAAAAGGAGAGCUAAUGAUAGGUUUUAAAAAGCAGUUGAAGUUAAUUGAUAUUUUAAAGCGACAAAAGAUGCACAUUUAUGCUGCUAAGAUGCUUUCUUUUACUGAAGAGGAAUUCAUGAAGGCUCUCGAGUGGGGAAAUUAUUGA